CUCUCUCUCUCUCUCUCUCUCUCUCUCUCUACAGCGACUUCGCGUUCAACUCCUAUCGAACUGAAUUUGUCACCUUUUUCAAGCUUUGUUUAUCCAAGUAAUUGAACUGCGACUAUGAACCUUUUUGGGAUGAAUUGGCCCUGUGCUGCGGCCGUUCCUAGUCGGUGUUCAUUAGCGCAGAAUGUGUAGCGGCGUGCCAGCCCUUGGCCAUUUUAGCGUCCGGAAUGCAGUUAGAUGUUUCGACUGAUUUUGCCGACAAAGUUAUGACCUUGGAUGGUUUCAUAGAGCAAUGCUAGGAAUCUGGGCAUCCGAAUUUCGAGAAAGGCGAUUUGGUUUGGGGCCUCACCGGAUGGGAGGAGUAAAGUCUACUUCCCGCGCCAGAGACUUGCUUUAAGAUCGAACACACCGAUGUUCCUCUCUUACUACACCGGUCUUUUGGGCAUGCCAGGCCUGACUGCUUAUGGCGGGUUUAUUGAGUUAUGCUCUCCUAAGAAAGGAGAAACCGUUUUUAUAUCGGCCGCAUCAGGGGCGGUUGGUCAGCUUGUUGGCCAGCUUGCGUUGUUCGGUUGCUAUGUUGUUGGCAGUGCCGGCAGCAAAGAAAAGGUCGGUUUGCUGAAGAACAAGCUCAGAUUCGAUGAAGCUUUCAACUACAAGGAAGAAUCAAAUCUGGAUGCAGCACUGAAAAGGUACUUCCCUGAGGGGAUCGACAUCUACUGAAAUGUCGGGGGAAAGACGCUGGAUGCGGUGCUACUCAACAUGAAGCUUCAUGGUCGAAUCGCGGUAUGUGGAAUGAUCUCGCAGUACAACCUCGAGCAGCCCGAAGGCGUGCACAACCUGAUGCAACUCCUCGCGAAGCGAGUUCGAAUGGAAGGUUUUAGUGCGCUUGAUUAUUAUCAUCUCUACCCGAAGUUCCUGGAGAUGGUUUUGCCUCCCACUAAAGAGGGAAGGAUUGUAUAUGUUGAAGACACCGUCGAAGGGCUCGAGAAUGGUCCGGCGGCCUUGGUCGGGUUGUUUUCCGGCCGCAAUGUCAGGAAACAAGUGGUCCUAGUUGCUCGCGAAUGAGUCACUUGUUGUACCUUUUCCACUGGCAUAGUCUCUUAUGAUGGAACUCUGGAGUUGAAAGUUUUUACUGGCACAAUUAUCUUUGGAUUACUGUGAGAAUAAGAACAUGUU